GCCAUAGCAGAAUUGCCAUCUUCCAUUUGCAAUCUGACUGGGCUUGAAAGCUUAAACAUGGAUGAGUGUCAUAAUCUCAAACAGUUGCCAGUUGUCAUUUGUAUGAUGCCAAACCUAUGGACAAUAACAGCAAACUUUUGUGAAGAGUUGAGACAUUUUAAGAUGUGUGAAAGUGAAAGAGAAGUAUGCAUACACUACUCAGCCAUACCUAUGAAAUUGGAACAUGUUUGUUUCUCAAAUUGCAAUCUAUCAAAUGAUUCUCUUGACUUUUGUCUCUCUUACUUCCCUAAUUUGAUACAGUUAGAUCUAAGUUAUAAUAAUUUCACAACUCUUCCUGCAUCUAUCAAGGAAUGUCACAGUUUGAAGUAUCUUUCCUUGGAUAAUUGCAAUAUGCUUCAACAUAUUAAAGGGAUUCCACAAAAGCUAGAAAAAUUCAGUGCCUUGCAUUGCACAUUGUUGAGCGAGCCGUCAAGAAGGAUGUUAUUGAAUCAGGAAAUUCACCAAUAUCCAGGGAAAAGAAACUUCAUUUUGCCGGGAAAAAAUAUCCCAGAAUGGCUUGACAAAUAUAGUUGUGGAAAUUCACUAUCUUUUUGGGUUCGUAAUGAAUUGCCAAAUAUUUAUAUAUGGAUCCUUGUAAAAGAUGACCAAGUUUCUCUAUGUGACUAUAAAUUCUCUGUACGCGUCAAUGACAUUGUACAAGAAAUUUCUUCUGGAUGGUUUUCACUCUCCACAAUGAAAAGAUAUCACAUAUAUCUUAGUGAUCUGCAAAGCAUAAUUCGCAAGCUUCAACUCUCCCAUAUGGAUAAAUGGAAUCAUGUCAAGGUUUCCAUUGAGAACAAAACUCAAGAAGUAGAAGCAAAAGGGAAGUUUAUUUUGCAGUUCAUGUGCACAAGCAAGGAAAUAAUGUUGAGAAUAUUGAGUUCAUGAACCCUAAAGCAUGCAUUGAUUAUUAUCCAUGGAAGCUAAUUCAACAGCCAAAAGAUUCAGAACAAUCAAAAGAUGCUAUGAGUCAAGAUUCAAAAUCAACUAAUUAUGCAGAAUUAACUCAGAACAGCACAAGUUAUCAAGAUAUUGGCCCGAACUUUUGCUGCAUCUCCAAAUUAAGUGAGAGGAAGGAAGGGCGAAAUUGCUUGAUCCAAAGUAAGUAUAAUGCCAUUCUAAGGAAAAUAAGGAGAUGGAAGGAAGAUCACUCCAUGAUUUUGAAGUCAAAAGAUCUGAAUAAUGUAGUUGUCACGUCUCACCAAUUGAUUGAAUCAUUAGAGAGUAUGCUGCAUUUGAACAUAGAGGAACAAGGGUACAAUUUUGUGCUGAUGGAUCUCAAAAUUCUAACAAAUAAGGCACAAAUCAAGGAUGAGUUCAAGCAAUUUCUAGUUCAAAAUAGGCAUCCUUUUGAUCAUAAAUCUAUCUCCUUUCAGUCCAGUGAAUUAGAGGAUACCAUUGGUGGAAUCAGAAGAGGUAGUUUCAGCAGAACAUCAGAAAAGCACAUCUUGGAUUUAGUCUGUCCAGAACUGCUCCAAGAUAUUAAAUGUAUUGCAAACUUAAUGUUUGUGUUAGACUAUAGCCGAGAAUGUUACAAUGGCUACACAAAUAUUCGAAGGCAAGCCUUAAAUGAGUGUCUGCUUCACCUUGAAACAGAAAGACUGAGCAUUGAAAAUGUUUCAAAAAUGGAAUGGGAUAGUUUGAACUCCAAAAUCAAAGGAUGGAUUUAUCAAGUAAAAAUAUUUGUUAGGGUGUAUCUUGCAAGGGAAAAGUGGCUUAGUGAGCAGAUUUUUGGAGACACUGAUGAGGCCAGUUUGAUUUGUUUUGUUGGUGCAUCAAAGGCUUUAAUAAUGUGGUUUCUAGAAUUUUGUGAAGCUAUAUCUAUUGGCCCUCAUAAUCCUGAGAGAAUAUUUCGUUUUCUUGACAUGUACCAAGUUCUGGCAGAUCUUAUACUAGACCUAGAUGCCAUGUAUUCAGGUAAGGUUGGUUUUCCAGUUAGAAUCAAGUGUCAAAUGGUUCUAAAUAGAUUAGGUGCUUGUGUGGGGUCAAUAUUUCUUGAAUUUAAAAAUGUCAUUGCAUCAAAUCCAUCUCGAUCUCCUUUCCCUGGUGGUGGGAUUCAUCCUUUGACCUAUUAUGUCAUGAGCUAUAUUAGCUAUCUCUUGGACUACAAUAACACCCUUAAUAUACUGAAUGGUGAAGAGGAAUUAGAGUAUGAUAUUUCACUGUACCCAUCAAUGAGCCAUGACACAUCGCAAGAUAGUGACAUCCUGGGAUCUUCACAUAGCAGUGUUUCCUCAGUCACAAUCCACUUUCGAUCAAUCACUUCAAUCUUGGAACUGAAGCUUGAGAACAAGUCCAGGUUAUAUAAGGACGCUGCUUGCCAACAAUUGUUCUUAAUGAACAAUAUGCAUUAUAUGGCUCAAAGGGUCCAAGAAUCUCAACUGAAGCAUAUUUUUGGAGAUGAAUGGGUUCGAAAGUGCAUCUACAAGUACCAGCAACAUGCAUGGAACUAUGAGCAAACAAGUUGGAGUUCGGUUCUCUCUUUGCUUAGUGAUGAGAGAAUUCAAUUAUCUAGGUCACACAAUCUUCUCAAGACUAUAUUGAGGAACUUCUAUGUUGCCUUUGAGGAUAUUUACAGGAUCCAAACUGCUUGGGUGAUCCCAGAUCAUUUAUUGCGUGAGGGCAUGCGGAUCUCUAUAUCCCAAAAGCUAGUUCAUGCUUAUCAGACAUUCUUAAGGAAGUAUUAUAGUUACGUAGGUGACAAACACAUCAAAUACAAUGUUUGUGAUAUUGAAACUUCCCUUUUGGAUUUCUUUGGGGGAUCCCAUAAGUCGUGGCCAAGUCCCAAAAGGUUUGCCUAUUGA